ACUUUUGCCUCAAAGUUGCUGUUACUGCUACCGACAAGCUUAGCAUGUUUCUCUGUUUUUUCCUUUGUCCUUAAUUCAAAAAUAGUUUCUUCUACGAAUCUAUGUUAUAUAAAACAUUUAGCGUCCACAAAGCCUCAUCUUCAUCUUCACCAUCAUCUUCUUUAUAACCAUUAGCUCUCCUUUCUUCUCCUGUGUGAAAAAACAUGGAUGAGUUUGUUAACCUAAAGGCAACCGAGCUGAGGCUGGGACUACCAGGAACAGACAAUGUAUGUGAAGAAAGAGAAAGAGUUUCUUGCAAUAAAAGAACAUUACAAGGUGUCACUGAGAAUGAGACUGAAUCAUCAAUGAUGAAAACGGGAACGUGCCCUCCACGAAAGGCUCAGAUUGUUGGAUGGCCACCAGUUAGGUCUUCCAGGAAGAACAUCAUUCAGACUAAGAAGAAUGAAUCUGAUAUUGAGGGUGGUCGAGGAGUCUAUGUGAAAGUAAGUAUGGAUGGUGCACCAUACUUGAGGAAAAUAGAUUUGAGUUGUUACAAAGGAUACAAAGAGUUGCUGAAAGCUUUAGAGAUAAUGUUUAAUUUCUCUGUUGGAGAGUAUUUUGAGAGAGAAGGAUAUAAAGGUUCAGAUUUUGUGCCUACUUAUGAAGAUAAAGAUGGUGACUGGAUGCUCAUUGGAGAUGUUCCAUGGGAGAUGUUUGUGUGUACUUGCAAGAGACUGAGGAUCAUGAGAGGAUCAGAAGCCAAAGGUGUAGGAUGCGGUGUAUGAGACAAAGCUACAAGAACCUAAAGAGAGCAGAGUUUCUUUUGGUAAAAAAAAAUCUCUUUGUGCUUGGGUUGUCGGGGAAGAUCUAUGUUCAGGAUACCUCAUCGGUGAAACUGGAACCUAAAUACUUUUGUUUUUGUUUCCAAACAGGGCAAACGGUUGUCCUUGAGUCUAUGGUUAUGUAUUACAUUUAAAAAAGUGUUGUGAAGAUUGAAAAGUUCUUCUAAUGUUUGUAGCAAUCUGUUUUGUGUUCUCAUUGAUCAAAAUAGAUUUUCAAGCAAUACCAAUAUUCAGAAUGUUGAUUGUC